AGCAGCAGCAGCUAGAACGUUCCCCAUUUCUCUACAAUAAAAAAUCUCCCUUCAAGUUUCUUAUAUAUAAACCCUUCAUUUGAGGCAGAUUACGCAGAAAGCAAGUUUUAGCUGAAAUCAAAGCAGCCAGCAUCUCAGAGAGAAGGAAGAGAGAAAAUGAGGCAGCUUUCCUUUGUGUUCAACUUCAUGCCAUUACUACUAAUGGUUAUGCUAUGUUUUCCUGGGUUGUCAAACGGGUCUUUGAUCCCGUUCCUUGAUCGUCCAGGCAGCCUGUUCUCUGAUCUCUGGCAGGAUCGGUUCUUAGACCCGUUCCGUGUCUUGGAGCAUGUCCCAUUAGCAUUAGACAAGGAUGAAAGCUUGGCGCUUUCUCCAACCAGGGUAGAUUGGAAGGAAACACCGGAGGGUCACGUUGUCAUGUUGGAUGUGCCGGGGCUGAAGAAGGAUGAGCUGAAGAUCGAGGUGGAGGAGAACAGGGUGUUGAGAGUGAGUGGGGAGAGGAAGAGGGAGGAGGAGAAGAAGGGUGAUCACUGGCACCGGGUGGAGAGAUCAUACGGCAAGUUCUGGAGGCAGUUCAGGUUGCCAGACAACGUAGAUUUGGAUUCUGUCAAGGCUAAGCUUGAGGAUGGAGUGCUGACUCUGUCGUUAGCCAAGUUGUCACCUGACAAAAUCAAGGGUCCAAAGCAGGUCGCCAUUGAGGGAGGAGAGGAUGAGACUGCAAAGCUGCAGAGUGGUGAAGCCAAGCAGGAGCUUUGAAAGCUUUUUCUCCUCCACGCGAAGUUGUUGAGACUUUAAGAGUGAGGUUUUGAGAGGAGUACCUGUAAAGGAAUAAAAGUUUAUCUUGACUUCACCAUUAUGUCUAAAUUCGUGAAUGUAAUAUAAUAAUAUGCAUUUG